AUGCCUCCAACAAACACAACCGAGAAACUUCCUUUGACAUUCGGCAUUGAGAUUGAACACGUCUUUGGUAUCAACAAAGAUGCCGUCGAGACGAACCCCGCCUUCACAUGGAUGUUUCCACAGUACUGUACUAUUCGUCCAGACUCGCCCAAUCCCCCGGAUUUCGAUCCAACGUCGAACAAAUAUGGUAGCUUUCUGCAAGCGGUCAACAUUCUACGAAGCAGGGGCGCGAAGCUCAGAGUUGAGCUCGAGCCAGGAAUGGAGGAUGCAACCUUCGAGGGGUUUUCUCAAUGGACCAUGGGGCAAGACAGAUCGGUGAGAUUGCCCAGCGACGUCGACGAGCUUCGCAAGUGGUCCGGGGGGGCGGUCAAGACCUGGAGGGGUUGGGAAUUCGCAGGGUUGGAGCUCAUUUCUCCUGCCCUCAAGGCUCCUGAGUACGACUCCAAUGGCAGCUUUCAACCCAAUGGGCUCACUGACGUCUCAACUUACCUCAAACUCCUGACGGAAACCCGACCCGAGGGUACACCUUACUUCUUCUUGUCUGACCCAGAAGCUGCCGGGAUUCACGUCCAUAUAGGUCUGCAACCUCGGCCUGAGGGUCAGAUGGGCAUCCCCUUGAACGUUCUGCGCCACCUCGCCUUCAUCUGCCUCGCUUUUGAGGAUACCAUAACAUUACUCCACCACCCUCAACGCCAUGCAAAUAGUCAGACAUAUUCCCGUGACUAUAUCGGUAGCAACCGCUUCUUGGGAAGGCUUUCCGAUACAUUUCCUAGGCAUACAUGCACGAAGGGACCCGUGUUCUCGCCUGAAGAUGCGUUCCUUCGGAUUUUCCGAGCCACUGAAAAUGAAGAACUGGUCGAGUUACUAACAACGAUACCCUCCGGAAACCCCGGGCACUACCGGUACUUGGUUCGCGAAUGCUUUGUCAACUUCUGCAAUUGCUUCGAUUUCGGCCACGCGGACGACAAGCGGACUGUCGAGUUCCGACAGCACCAUGGUACGCUCGAAUUUGAAGACAUUUCCCACUGGGUGUUUUUGGUCAGCAGCCUGGCACGAGCAGCUGAGCGAAAGGCGAACGAGGUAUCUCCAGCUGAUGGCACUUGGCCACCGUCGUUUGCGCACAAGAUUCUCUCUGCGAGUUCGGGUACGGUAGCCCAGCCGCGGAGAACUGGAGUUUUGGAUACUCCUACUAACGCACUUUGGCAGGAUACUAUGUCGAACCCCGAUACUCGGGCUGCUGUCCUUCGGGAGGCUUCCAAGUACGAGAGUUUGUUCCAAAUCGAUAAGAAGAGAUCGCUCAGGGAGCUCUUUGAUCUGCUAGAGCUACCUAUUGCGCCUCGUAGGUACUGGUACCAGCGAGCCAAGAAAUUCCAAGCCGAAUGGUACGUGGGCUGGCAAGGCACAGGGACAUGCUUGGGUGACUACUGCCCGCGUGAAGCCGUGAGGGACAACGAGGGUUGGGCCUCUGGUGAAUUGGCUGUUCCGCCCUGGGACGUUGUUGACCCCCAUCCUUCUGGUGCCUCCUCAUCUGCUUCAGCUGUCAGAUCUGCUGAUCAACCCACAGAUGUUGAGAUGUCCUAUGGGAUUCCUCUCGUAUCGACUGUUGCCCCUACCGCAGAAGCUCCAUCCGCACCGCACGCUUCUCACCCGAAUAUCAUGAACAUCUCGAACGUCAUGAACUACCCAGCACUCCCCAUGAAUAACCUUCUACCUCCCCUGAACUACCCUCUCCCCCCCUUGAACAAUCCUCUCCCCCCCUUGAACAACCCUCUUCCCCCUAUGAACUAUCCGGCACUUCCCCCUUUGAACUAUCCGGCACUUCCCUUGAACAACCCUGCCCCUCCCAUGAACAACCCCCUACCCCUACUGAACAAUCCAGCACUCCCAAUGAACCCCCCUCCCAACCUCCUGAACUUCCCUCCAUUCCCCAUGGACUUCCCUCCACUCACCUUGGUUUGGCGUGAAGAGCCCUUGCACCCCCCUCCAGGUCCCAUCGGCUACCCUGAACCUCCCAGCGAGGACCCUGAACUCCCUUGA